CUGAUAAACAUCAUGUACAUUUGUACAGUAGUUGUUAUUCACUCAGACAGCAGCCCUACAAGAUGUGGUUCCUCCAUGUGUUUGUGGUGACCGCAGUUCUCCAGUGGUCAGUAGUGACCGGGGAAGACCAGACUGACCAGUUCACCCUGUCACUGUGCAGGGUUUGGGAGGAGUGUUUGGAGAAAGCUACUGACAACAACUUGGACCACGCUGAACUGGGAACUCCUGAGGCGAUCUGUGGUGACUUUCUGGACAUGUUAGAGAAGCAUGGCGUGGAUUGUGGAACCUUGCAGGGCCCUUUGCAAGAUUUAAAGACAGCUGGAGUUGAACAGGUGCUGUCCUCCGUACAGCCCCAUCCUGGUGGUGAGGAACAGCAACAUGAGUCAACUGACGAUGAAGAAGAGACAAACAUAGGAGAACAAGGCUACAAGCAACACCUUCCACGCAACAGUCCGGCCAACACUGACAACCUUUGGCGAGGAAACCAUUUUGAUGACUGUUCUGAGAUUCAUACUGCUCAGGCCAUGUUUGGUCAGAUAGCUAGUGGGGUGUUUUCUAUCAAACCUGCACAUGUUAACGACCCAAUCUCUGUAUACUGUGAUCAGACCACAGAUGGGGGAGGGUGGACGGUCAUACAGAGGAGGUUUGACGGGUCCCUCGAGUUUUUCCGAAAGAUCGGCGCUUAUCAAGGUGGAUUUGGUGACUCUAGUGGUGAGUACUGGCUGGGAUUAGACAACAUCUACCAUAUCACAGCCCAGAACGCGUAUGAGUUGUACAUAGAGCUUGAAGACUGGUCUGGGAAUGUGAAGUUUGCUCGAUACUCCAGCUUCUCAGUCGGUCCGGGUGAUGAUUACGCCCUGAGUGUGGGAGGGUACAGUGGGACAGCAGGGGAUGGGUUUUAUCUGACAGGUUCAUAUACCAACAAUGGUAUGAAGUUCAGCACCCGUUGGUAUGACCGAGACACUGACUCAGGUUCAAUGGCAGAAUACUUUGGUGGUGGUUGGUGGUACGGUAGCGGCAGCCGCAGUAACCUGAACGGUCCGUACUUCCGAGACACUGACGAGUUCAACAUCAACAAUGGUCAUAGUGUCUACUGGUAUACUUUCAACAAUAACCCUUUCUAUUCUCUGAAGAAGACCAAAAUGAUGGUCCGUCCCACUGACUUCAGCACCAGGGUGGCAAACAUGAGGCAAGGGAAGAAGUAAAAUCCCCAAACUAACUAGCUAUCAGUGGUUUGAGUUUUAUUUGU